GCGAGUCCGGGAAGAGGGCGUGCUUCGGGGCGAGGCUUCGGAGGCGUGUGGGGUUGCGGCGGAGGGGGCCGGAGGACGCCCGGGAGGCUAUGGCGGAAGAAGCGCUGCCGAUUUCGGUCACCCCCUCAGAAGGCGUUUGAGAGGACGAAGGACCGAGUCCCACGGCCAUGCUGUGUCUGGGCCCCCCGCUGCUGUUCUUCCUGGUGAAGCCACUUCUGGAGGCCGCCGUAGCAGAAUCUUCUUUCCAUUUGCCGGCACCACAGAACGUGACAAUUAUCUCAUACAAUUUUCAGAAUACAUUGAAAUGGUCUCCGGUUAUGGGGAUCAAUAGCAGUGCAGUGUCAUACAGAGUUGAGCAUUGCAAAAAAUCAGAUUGCGUCUGGGCAGAAGAAGUAGACUCCACAAAUAUUACAAAGCCUGAAUAUUAUUUCACAAAUGUUAUCAGUGAAUUUGUUGAAGUAAUUUUCCGUGUUAGGACCGAACAAGGGGAAUUAAAAUCUGACUGGGUAGAAACCGCUCCCUUUCAGGCAAGAACUCAAACUAUUUUAGGACCUCCAAGAGAAAUAGAUGCAACAGUGGAAGCUAACUCCAUUUUUGUUAGCUAUAACGCUCCCUUUGAUAAUAAGUCAAGAUUCUUUGUUUUUCAAUAUCUAAUAUCUUACUGGGAGAAGUCAACAGAUAAGGACUUGCCUUCAUCUGACAAAGUGGUAGUGGACACCAGAGAUACGCAAUACACACUUGCAAAUUUGAUGGAAAUGACAGAGUAUUGUUUUCAUAUACAAGCAGUGCUUCCUGAAAAAGAUCUACAUGGACGUUUAAGUGACACUUAUUGCAAAAAAACCUCUUUCACUGAGACAAGAAGGAUUUUAUUCAUCACACUGACAUUCAUAUUUGCCGUUAUUAUACUCAUUAUAGUAUUUUUCUGCUUGAUGGUUAUACAAAAGCAUCAGAAUGUAAUUAAAUCUCUUUGGGGACCUCCUCUUACAAUACCACUGCAUUAUGAAGAGGACUUACAAAAUCCUCAAAUGACUGUGGUUGAAGAAUUUAAGAACUGUGCAGGAGAAGAUCACUGGGAUUCUGUGUCAGUUCUCCCCAGUGCAGAACAAAAUCCAACUGUGACAAACAGCACUGAUGGCAACAAUCAAAAUGUUCACCUGCUAGAAACAGAUGAAUUUAGAUGACAAGAUAAAAUAUCUUCAUUUUACUGAAGUUCAGUGAUUCUGAAUCUAACUGUACAGCUGUUGAACUACAGAGGAAAUUAUUUGGGUGGUUGCAAUAAGAAGAGCCUGCACAGCAUACUGACGUACUUCUAUAUAUGUUGAACUAUGAACUGAAGGCACAACAUGUACACCUUCUUUCACUGAUGAAGUGUAUUUUUCUUAAAUAUUGUCUGUCAACAGAUAGACUAAAUCAAGGAGAAAAUCAGUAUAAACUUCAGCUACUGAAACAAUGUGAGACUCUGGAAGUGCAGUAUAUGUAAAUACAGGGAAGAGCAUCUUCUGCUGAAGCUGGGGUUUUUUGGGGGAGUGGGGGAAGAAGACAAGAAAGCCUUUUGUUGACUCCCAAAAAGACUCAGUUGUUAAUAAGGUCUGCUUUGAGAUGUUACUUGUUGACUUGUAGGUGGAAGAAGGCCCAGUUAGUUUACCACCCAUAUGUAGGGCAACAGCAGCCUUUCUUGACUGACAGACUUUGUUUCCAUUCAUGCAAUGAUAAUCUCUCCUCUCACACAAUGUACUUUACUUUGGGGCUGCCCUUGAAGGCUGGGUGCUCAGAUGCUUCAGCUAGUAUAGAGUGCAGUAUUUACACUUUCAACUAGUGCAACUGCACAGGCUGCCAGUGUGCAUCUGAACUCAGUUCCAAGUGCUACUUGUCUGUCUUUUAAAACACAGCAAAUCAUGUAUUAUGUUUCUCUGUAAGGUCACCUGUGGUGGUCUCACUGUACAUUUCUUUGCUGCUGUAGUGAGGUCUGAGAGAGUACAAGGAAGGGUGAAGAUUUGUUUUGCUUUACCUUGUAAUUUUUGCUGGCUGCUGAAAUAUCCACGAGUGCUUUUACAGGUUUAUGUGUCCUGGUAAUUGUUUCAGCAUAAAGCUGAACUAACAAAAGGAGAAGAAGAGAUUGGAUUUAUACCCUACCUUUCACUACUCAAAGGAGUCU